AUGAAUCCCUCAUUAACUGCUGUCGCCAUUUUCCCUUAUGCUCAAUUGAAGGAAGUGCAGAUCAUUCUUCCUCCUGAACCCAAAAGCAGAGAAGAGUUUCUGCAGUAUUCCUGUCAGCUCACACUGGAUCCAAACACAGCCAAUAAAUACCUCCUCCUGUCUGAGAGGAACACAGUGGUGACCCACAGCAACACAGUCCAACCAUAUCCUGACCAUCCAAACAGAUUUGAUGGACGUGCUCAGGUUCUGUGUAGAGAGAGUGUGAGUGGACGCUGCUACUGGGAGGUUGAGUGGAGAGGAGAUGGAGGGGUUAAUAUAGCAGUGUCUUAUAAAAGCAUCUCCAGGAAGGGAUCAGGCAAGGAGUGUAGGUUUGGAUGUAAUGAUCAGUCUUGGAAAUUGUUCUGUGAUUCCUCCAUUUACACAUUCAGAUACAAUAACAGAGAUACUGAAAUCUCUGGAGUGCCCGUCUCCUCUAGAGUAGGAGUGUAUGUGGAUUACAGGGCAGGAACUCUGUCCUUCUACAGCAUCUCUGAUACCAUGACCCUCAUCCACAGAGUCCAGACCACCUUCACUCAGCCGCUCUACGCUGGGUUUUGGUUGAGCUCCGACUCAUCAGUAAAUCUUUUACUUUCAGCAAAAUAGAUGAACAUGCAGAACAAAGGGAAGAGCUGGAUGAGAUCAGAUAAGAACUGCAGAAUCUAGACUGUAGAGCUGAUCAAAUAAAGUUAUAAUAGUGCUGGGAGAUAUUGUUAAUAUAAAUAAUCAUAAUUCUGAACGGUAAUUACGUCUGUCUCAGAUUAGAACUGCAGGUACAUUUCCUGUAUGGAAAGAUUUAUUCAGAUUUAGCGUUAAAUAGUUUAAACCGUUUAUAUCAUUAACAGAGCUCACAGUAACAGAGUUCAUAUUUUAAACUUCAUAUUACAGAAUUUUAUUAAUUUUUAACACAUUAUCAUUUAUUAUAAACUGAAUGAAAGAUCACAAUAAAAUGUUUAAAUUAUUAUACUGUUGUUUUAUCCUCAACAUUUUUGUAUUUAAACAAAGAGAGAGGAAAUCUGUGUGUUAAUGCUUUAACUUUAAUUUUACAAUUAAUGUAAUAUCAAAAGGAAAGAACAAAAUAUACACAACAUAUAGUCAAAUAUAAUAGAAAAUAUACAUUUAACUUACUAUACACUACACACAUUAACUUACACUAUGAAACACAGUUUUACAAUAUUGCACUGUUGAUUGUUGCUUAAAUUUAAUAUAUUUAUCAUCGCUGUCACAUAAAAACAUUAUAUCUCUAAAGUAUCAACUUUACAUUUCUAUUUGCCCUUUCAUCAGGAAAUAUUGACACAGUAUGAAGAUAAAGUAUAAACAUAAGAUACAGUAGACAUAAGGUGUUUGUGUUACAGCAGUUUUAAACUAAUUAAUCUAAUAUAUGUGCUUCUAUGUUGAGUUAAUUUAUUUGAGCAUGUUAUCAUUUAACUCUACACAGUUCUCUGUAUUAAUUUGAUUUUAUUUGUAAUGUACUCAGAUUGUAUUCCUGUAAUCUUGUAAUGUUGUGGGGUAUAUCUUAUAAAUAAUAAA